AUGGGUCUUGCCAUUGCUGAGAUUCUCCCGGUGUUUCUCAGAGGUGAAAGAAUUUUCUUGGUGUUUCUUAGAGGAGAGAGAAUUUUCUUGGUGUUUCGUGGAGAGAUAGAGGGAGAGGAAGAGAGGCUGUUCCUCUUUACAAGUAGUAGAGAGGAAGAUAGUGUCUUUUUGGUUAAAGAUUCAGUUGAAAAUCGUUAUUUAGCGGCAAAGAGCAACAGUCCUCUGUGGCCACAAACAGAGUUGUCCGUCUGCUUAAGCCAAUCAUCUACCGUUGAAUUUGCAGAGACCCCACUUGUCAUGGAACGUAAGGAACGUGUUGAUUGUCAAAACGGCAUCGCUCAGGGCCAGUACGAGAAGUCAUCAUCUCUCUCCUUCAAAUUCAAGCUCCUCUUGGCUGAUUGGCUCCCAGAAGGCCUGUCAGCGCCAGCUGAGCACCGAGCAGAAGAACUUCAGGUUUGGGAAAUCAAACCACUCAAGAAAAUUGGGGAAGAGGAUGCAAGAGAAAUACUUGAGAAGGUGGCAAAACAAGUGCAGCCCAUAAUGCGAAAACAUAAUUGGAAAGUCAGAAUCCUUUCUGAAUUCUGCCCUGCCAAUCCAGCUCUUCAGGGGCUCAAUGUAGGAGGAGGUGCCGAAGUUAAGCUCAGACUACGGAGGCCAAACAAUGAGUGGGAUUUCUACCCGUAUGAACAGAUUCUUGAUACAAUGCUGCACGAGCUCUGCCACAACGAGUAUGGUCCUCAUAAUGCUGACUUUUACAAACUUUUGGAUGAGAUCAGAAGGGAAUGUGAGGAACUGAUGGCUAAAGGGAUUACAGGGACUGCGCAAGGAUUUGAUCUUCCGGGGAAACGUUUGGGUGGUUUCUCUCGUCAACCCCCUCUGUCAUCUAUUCGUCAGACUGCCUUGGCUGCUGCUGAAAACAGAGCACGGCGUGGAGCUUUACUACCAUCAGGACCUAGGCGUUUAGGUGGUGAUAGCAACAUUAAGGCAGCUUUGAGCCCAAUACAAGCUGCUGCUAUGGCUGCAGAAAGGAGACUGCAUGAUGAUUUAUGGUGUGGAUCCAAGUCUUCAGAGGGUGGCAUUGAAAUCCAGGGGAAUGUUGGGACUUCUCGAAGGACAGAAGCUUUCACAGUUACUAAUGGCAUAUCUACCCAGACGUCUAUUGAGUCGGAGUCAGGUCAGGGAAAAAUAGAUGAUCAAGCAAAGUGGAAAUGCAAUAUGUGCACUUUAUUAAAUGAGCUGUUGGCGUUGAGAUGUUCAGCCUGCGGGACCUUAAAAGAGGAUGUGAAGUUCAAGGUUUGGUCUUGCAAAUUUGUACCCUAG